AUGAUGACACGCCGCGACUGCGAAACUAAUCGCAUUCCGAAACUAAUUGUUUUCUAGCCUGUGAAUUGAACUUUCUUCCAGUUGACAGAGCUAAAAUAUUUCCGUAUCCACGUUGGAUUGUCUCUCUCAUUCUAGCUUUGCAUCAAAGAGGAGGCACCUCUUUCUGGAAGACGAAGUGCAAACCUUUUAGGCCCGCAAGCAUGGCAGCUGCCACCGCGAUCCCUAAACAGGCUGUCUCUGUUUUUCAGGAGUUCCGCGCCAUGUUUUACGUUCUUGGUCCCAGCGAGAGCUCCUUCCGCAGCGUCAAGGAAGUUCCCGAUUACGUGGACAAGGCAACUCCCUUGUUCGUUACCCUGAUUUUGCUGGAGGUCAUAAUUAAGUGGGUCCAGAAAAGACAUUUUUCAUUCCUCCACAGUGAUGAUAUAACAUCUUUGUCUGCAGGUAUCUUCUCAAGAAUUCCAGAUGUUAUUUCUCGAAGUGUUGAAAUAUCGGCAUAUAUCUAUGUGUGGAACAACUAUAGAAUGAUGGAACUACCAUGGGAUUCAUCAUGGACAUGGUAUUUGACCUUCAUUGGAGUAGAUUUUGGAUACUAUUGGUUUCAUCGUAUGGCCCAUGAAAUUAAUUUUUUGUGGGCCGGUCAUCAAGCACAUCAUAGUUCUGAACAUUAUAACUUAUUCACAGCAUUAAGGCAAUCUAUUCUGCAAAAAUUUGCAUCAUGGAUAUUUUAUCUGCCAUUGGCUCUUUGCAUUCCACCUUCAAUAUUUGCUGUUCAUCUUCAAUUUAAUCUCCUUUACCAGUUCUGGAUACAUACAGAGGUCAUUGAAAAUCUUGGUCCAUUGGAGUUUAUUCUCAAUACUCCUAGUCAUCAUAGAGUUCAUCAUGGCAGAAAUCCAUAUUGUAUUGAUAAAAACUAUGGUGGUACAUUAAUUAUUUGGGACAGAAUAUUUGGUACCUUUGCUGCAGAAAAAGAUAAAGUUGUGUAUGGUUUAACACACCCCAUAAAUACUUUUGAAUCAUUAAAAGUUCAGUUUCAUCAUUGUGUUUAUAUAUGGAGCAUAUUUUGGACCACACCUGGAUUUGUCAAUAAGCUUUCAGUUAUAUUCAAGGGACCAGGAUGGGCACCAGGCAAGCCAAGACUUGGCCUUAUUGAGGAAAUUCCCGAAGUCACUGGGAAGGAAGUUCCUUUCAACCGCAAAUUGCCAAGCUACAUGUCUAUCUAUGUAAUAAUGCAUUUUGCCUUAAUGAUGGGAUUUUAUGUUGACUUAACUACUUCCAAAUAUACGUUAUCACAGGUAACUCUCCUCAUGAGGGUUGGCUACAUUGUUCUGACAUUGACCUCCAUUGGUUUCCUUAUGGACCAAAGACCUGAAAUGACUUUCAUGGAAUCUGCACGUUGCUCUGCUUUUCUUGCUCUGCAGAAGCUUGGAUAUUUGGAAGUACAUUCUGCGCUUUUAUCAACUACCUCUGAGGUACUAUUUUCCCUCUGCAUUGCGUUUUGGGGAAUUCAGAUCAUAAAGCAACUCACUUCAAACUCAGCAAAGCAACACUAAGAAGAAGUCUAUCAAAAUUUUAUUUUUUGUGAUGGAUUACUUUCAUCUGUGCAGAAUUACAGUAGAGAUUUCUUUAAUAUAUUCAUCAAUAGAAACAACAACAUAUAACCAAAUCUAAGAUCAACAUUUCUCAAUUUCUUUACUUUUGUUUAUUUGGAAACUUCUGAAUUUUCUGCAUUAAUUUCAUUUAUAUGCAAAUCUUUUAUGUAAUUUUAAAACUAAAAUAAAUAUUAAUUAUAUGUGGUGGCAAUAAACUCGUUUGGUUUCUUUAUAUGUUAAUAAAAUCAAAAGACUUUGUCAUAUAGGAGGUGAAGUUUCACUGAUUUAAGAUGAAUAUUGAAGAGAAUUUUGCAAUUAAUCAUGAAUACACUUCACACUUGCAAAUGUAAACAUCAACCUGUGGAUUUUUUAACUUGACUGUAAUUCACUCAAGUGGAUUGUAUUCUGCCUUUCUUUCCAGAAAGGAUGCAAAGCAAUUAACAAUUAAAAUUUUGAUUUUAAAAAAAGCAAAUAAUUAUGAAAAGACCUGGAUAAAAAUAGAAGUCUUAACAAAUUUGCUAAAAGUAGAAAGAAUGGGGCUGAACACUACCCAAGAGAUUCUAUUUUAUAAUUUGGGAAUUGCAUCAAAGGCUAUUCAAUAUGUCUCAACUACACAAAAAUUGAAACCAAUGCUAAGGAUUGCUUUCUUGUAGAAUAAUGCUACACAUUAUAUUGUGAUAACUACAUAUAGUCCCCGAUAUACAGCAGUUCAUUUAUUAACCAUUUGAAGUUGCAACAGUACUAAAAAAAGGACUUAUGACCAUUUUUCUCACUUACAACAUUGCAUCCUCCCUGUAGUCACAUGAUCAAAUUUCAUGUGUUUGGCAACUGGUUCAUAUUGAUGAUGAUUUCAGCAACGGGGAAACCACAUUCACUUAAAAACCAUGUUACUAAAUUAAUAACUGCAAUGAUUUACUUAACAAUUGUGGCAAGAAAGUUUGGAAAAUUGGGCAAAAGUCAGUUAACCAAUGUUUCAUUUAGCAACAUAAAUUUUGGAUUCAAUUGUAGUUGUAAGUUGAGGACUAACAUACUGUCUUCUGCAUCAAACCCCAAAUUGUGCCAUAUUUCAAGAACAAAAGCAAAAAUCUGUAAGGUAUGCCCAGCAAACUAUUGGCAGUGCUUCUAAUAUCACGAAUUGGUUAACACUCUGGAUUUUGCACAACUAGAAUCUCCAGAGCAUAAAUAAUCUUUCAGUCAUCUCCUUUGACAGAGUUGUUUGUUUGUUUUGCAUCGGAUGAGGCUUUUAUAUACACAGCUUCACAGAAAGAGCCUUGGAUAUCUAAAGAAGUUUCAGAUACAGGGCUUAGAGGCAUUUUUGCAAAUGGAGGGGAUACUGGACCUUGGUACUUCACUUUGCAACUUGUUACUUUUCUGGUUCUUCUUUUAAGUAUCUUUUGAAAAUUUAUAAAUAGGCAGGUAACAUAUUUUGUGCCAAAGGAGAUGUUGGAUGGCUCAUUUAUGCCCAGGAUCCUGCCAUGGAUAUUCUAGUUGUAUAAGCUAUUAUAUUUCUUCUCCUGCUUCCUGCUGUUCAAGCUUUUGAUCCUCAGUUUCACAUACUGCUACCCUAGACUCUGAACUUCUGCUGUCAUCAUGAGUUAUUAACUGUGUCUGAUUUUUUCCUUGAAACUCUGUUGUUGCUUUUGGUGUAUCCAAUCUCUGAUCUUCAGAUUGUCUUCUUUCUCAGCUGUGUUUCCCCUUUUCAAUUUUGAUGGAUUUUUGCUUUUGGUUAUCUGUUAUAAACUGCAGGUUAACUCUGCACCCUACUAUAAAUCUGUAUCCUAGUAUAACAGUGAAAAAUUAAGCCCAUCCGGAUGCACGUUGCUGUCUAAAAGUGAACCUAAAUGACGUUCUGUUUUGUCUGUCUGUCUGUCUAUCUGUCUGUCUGUCUGUCUGUCUCUCUCUCUCUCUCUCUCUCUCUCUCUCUCUCUCUCUCUUUCUCUUCCUACCUACCUACCUACAUCUGUCUGUCUAGCUCUACCUACCUACCUACCUCUAUCUAUCUAUCUAUCUAUCUAUCUAUCUAUCUAUCUAUCUAUCUAUCUAUCUAUCUAUCUAUCUAUCUAUCUAUCGUAUAUACUGCCUUUAUUAUUUUUACAAAUAAUUCAAGGGGUGAACAUUUAGCAUAAACACUUUUAAAGAAUUUCAUUCUUAAAUGAUUGAAAAUGAUCACUAGAAGUGAUCAGGAAGACCUGUAAGAGCUAUAACUGAAGAGAAGGAGCUUGUAUCAGGUAGGCCUUUGGAUAAUGGCUUGUACAACAUUAUAUCUUAGAAGACAUGGCUAAGCCUAUAAUUGCAUCUUUUUUGCUAUUAAACUAUUAUUUAUUCAGAUCCUUGAGAUCUGUUGAAAUUUUAAUUUUUUGUCACAUUAUCUAUGUCAUGUUUAUGUUUUUAUUUCUUUUACUGAUAUAUUUGAAUGUUACAUAAAUUCCUAAUUCAGCUGGACGGUAAUGCCUGUAGUAGAUUAUAGCAAUAUUUGAAAAGUAUAAAUAACAGCAUAAUAAAUAACAGGAAGUAACUUUACACAA